CAUCAGUUACAUACCUGUACAGUUGAAGCUUCCAUCAUGAGGUCCUUCAUAGUGCUCACACUGUUUGCAGUGUUCUGUGCCGUCUUCGCUCAUCCCACGCCAGACGUCGACAAGGUGAAUAAUCGAGUUGUAGGUGGUACCGAUGCUGCUCCCGGUUCAGCUCCAUUCCAGGUUUCUCUGCAAAGCCUGUUUGGACAUUCGUGCGGUGGUUCCAUCAUUGAUCGCCAGUGGGUACUCACAGCAGCGCACUGUGUCCAACUAACAACGCCGAAGCUAAUGAAAGUGCUUGUUGGCACAAACCUCCUCAAUUCCGGUGGCCAACGAUAUACGGUGGAAAAGUUUUUCGUCCACAGUCGCUACAAUAAUCCUGCAUUUCACAACGACAUUGCAUUGGUGAAACUGAAAUCAACACUGCAGUUAAGCGAUCUUGUACAACCCAUUGCUUACUCGGAGCGGGAGCUGCCGGAAAAUGCAACGCUGACGUUGACUGGUUGGGGGUUGCUAUCUGCGGUUGGACCAACGACCAAUAAGCUUCAAACGAUCGAUUUGAAGUAUGUGCCUUACGAAGAAUGUAAGCGUCUGCACGAUAACAGUCCAAAUGUCGACAUUGGCCAUGUCUGCACAUUGACGAAGAAAGGAGAAGGCGCUUGUAACGGUGAUUCUGGGGGACCGCUCGUGUAUGAUGGAAAGCUUGUGGGCGUGGUGAACUUUGGUGUACCAUGCGCCCAGGGUUAUCCGGAUGCUUAUGCCAGAGUGUCUUACUAUCACGAUUGGAUUCGUACAACAAUGGCUAACAAUUCAUAG